AACCGUCGUGUCUCGUUAAAGAAAAUAGAGUUUUUAUUUUCUUUUUACUUUCUUCUUACCCUUCUUUGAUGACUCUUGUCUUCUUCUUCUUGUGUGUUUCUCUGAUGAGUUAGUUGCUUUGAGAGUGUGUUUUAAUUUAGUUUUUGGUUUUAUUUACUUCCUUCGAUGGAGAGUGUUGUAGAUGAUCAGCUGUACAUGGAGCUAUGGAAAGCUUGUGCAGGGCCACUUGUGGAAGUUCCUCGUUAUGAUGAAAGAGUUUUCUACUUCCCUCAAGGUCACAUGGAACAAUUGGUAGCUUCGACUAAUCAAAGAGUCGUUGAUAAAGACAUACCAGUUUUUAAUCUUCCUCCAAAGAUACUGUGUCGAGUUCUUAAUGUCAUGUUAAAAGCUGAACAUGAAACAGAUGAGGUUUACGCUCAGAUCACAUUACAACCUGAAGAAGAUCAAAGUGAACCCACAAGCCUUGAUCCACCUGUAACUGAACCUGCCAAACAAACUGUUGACUCCUUUGUUAAGAUUCUAACAGCUUCUGAUACAAGUACUCAUGGUGGCUUCUCUGUUCUUCGUAAACACGCCACUGAGUGUCUUCCUUCACUUGAUAUGACACAAGCUACACCAACUCAAGAACUGGUAGCUAGAGAUCUCCACGGAUAUGAGUGGAGGUUUAAGCAUAUAUUCAGAGGACAACCGAGGAGACAUUUACUUACAACUGGUUGGAGUACAUUUGUAACUUCUAAAAGACUUGUAGCUGGAGAUGCAUUUGUGUUCUUAAGGGGUCAUCAAACUGGUGAUCUACGAGUUGGCGUGAGACGUUUAGCUAAGCAACAAAGCACAAUGCCUGCAUCGGUUAUCUCGAGUCAGAGUAUGCAUUUGGGAGUUCUUGCUACAGCUUCUCAUGCUUUUAACACAACAACUAUGUUUGUUGUCUUGUACAAGCCGAGGAUAAGCCAGUUCAUAAUAAGUGUGAACAAGUACAUGGCUGCAAUGAAGAAAGGAUUUGGUAUUGGUAUGAGGUUUAGGAUGAGGUUUGAAGGAGAAGAGUCUCCUGAGAGAAUAUUUACGGGUACUAUUGUUGGGACUGGAGAUCUAUCUCCUCAAUGGCCAUCUUCAAAGUGGAGGUUCUUGCAGAUCCAAUGGGACGAGCCAUCUACAGUUCAGAGACCAAACAAGGUCUCACCGUGGGAGAUUGAGCCUUUCUUGCCAUCCACGCUGACUACAUCGCCUACUCAACCACACUCAAAGUCCAAGCGGUCAAGACCCAUUGAUUCAUCAGUUUCAGAAAUCACUGGGAGUCCUGGGGCUUCUAACUUCUUGAGCAGGUUCCCUAAGAGCCACGAGCCAAGUCCAUCACUCAAACUGUUGUUUCAAGAUCCAUCAAGUGAAAGAAACUCGAACAAAACCGAGGCUCCAGCCACAAGUUGCUGUAGGUUAUUCGGAUUCGAUCUCAAGAGCAAGCCUGCUUCUGCUCCAAACCCUCCUGACAAGCAACUAAUAAGCGUUGAUUCAAAUAACUCUGGUUCUACCAAAUGUCAAGAUCCUAACUCGUCGAAGGAUCAGAAGCGGCAAACAUCAUCAACAAGAAGCCGAACCAAGGUGCAAAUGCAAGGAACAGCGGUGGGACGUGCGGUUGAUUUAACAUUGUUGAGAUCAUACGAUGAACUAAUCAGUGAGUUAGAGAAGAUGUUUGAGAUUGAAGGAGAGCUUAGGUCGAAAGACAAAUGGGCUAUUGUGUUUACUGAUGAUGAAGGAGACAUGAUGCUUGUAGGAGAUGAUCCAUGGGAUGAGUUCUGUAAGAUGGCAAAGAAGUUGUUCAUAUAUUCGAGUGAUGAGGUCAAGAAAAUGAGCUCAAAGUCAUUGUUGGAUGAUGAAUGUACGAUGGUACAGCUUGAACCCGACCAAAGGACAGUUAAACUUUAAUUACCACGAAGCUCUUGGGUUGGAUUGUCUCAUUGAGUCGCAAAGUUAGGUGGUUUGUUUUAUAAGUUGAAGCCAUUAGAUGGUUUGUUAUAUUUAACAUAAAAGACUAUAAUACAUUUGUCGUAAACUUGUAAUGACUAAUGAUGUGUUAGAAGAAUAAAAUAUGAUGUGUUAGAAGAAUAA